UGAAAAGGUUAAGAGUGGAGUGUGUAACGGAGAUGCGGUUGCGGUGUCGGAUGCGGCUCUAGGCUAUUAUGAAGCAACCAAUCAUUGUGGGUUCAGGAACUCAGCUUUAUAUUCUACCAAACACAUUCCAGGCUCAAGCAAAUGUAGAGGGCCGAGCUGCCGUGAUAGACCCCUAGUAAUGAAGGAGACGUCAGUGCCAAACACACGGUAUCCACCAACACUGCCAGUAGUGAGAAAGAGUAUGUACCCCUCCAACUCCUUCUUGCCUCCUCGAAGACCUCAGAAGUUAGUCACAAAUCAUCAGUCAUCCACCAUGAUGAACGAUACGCACUUGAUUUGUAAACGCACUUCCAGGGUCAGUCAAGAAAAUGAAAAUUUUGAAAAUAUGAAGUUAGAUGAUAAAAAAGAUAUAACAUCAUAUUCCCUUUCAAAAAGAGGAACUGCUGUAAAUGGACUGAAUACAUCAAAGUUGGAACAUUAUUCAUAUAUUGUUCUACAAGUAGGUGAGGGAAAGGACAAAAAGUCUUGGAUUUGUAUGUCGCCUGAAGAACCAUUUACAGCUCUUUGGAAUGAUGAUGAUGAUAAGGAAAAUAUUUCCACUUUUAAACAUGUCAAGCGUUGGUCUUUCUGCUAUGGUGAAGAUGAAAGAUUAGAAAUUUUGCCAAAAAAGUUCCAAAAACAUGACUUUAGAGAGAGAACCUGGCUUUUACAGUCAUGGUGCAAAUGGAAAAUGCCCCUCUGGAGAAGUCAAGGAGAGCUGUGGUCCAAAAAGUUGAAAACCAAUGUGUAGUUGCCGCAUUCUGGUUACUGCCAUGCGUAUUUGUUUUUGUAGAAAGGUAGAAAAACUUUUUUGUCAACCUGUUCGUACUACUUAUAUUUAAUGUGUACCAAAAUACUCUUUAGUAGUAUUUUAAACAUAAUCUAUAUAAAGGUUUUCUAAACUUUAUUGAUAACCGUGAAACCGACUGUAGAAAAUUUAACAUCAGUGUUAUUGUGUACUAUGGUGUUAACUGCAUGAAGUUAAGUUUUUAUGUGUCAGGUGUAGAGGAUGCCAAGUGUUACGUUAGCUAUGUGAUGAGCAUUUAAAUGAGUUGGCACUGGACAAUUUUUAUCUUAAUGUGUUAAAUAUAUGAAUGUAG